GCUGGUGACACUUUUCCAUGGAGAUGCAGGUGGUGCAGCGGGCCAGGGAGAACUUCCUUGCCGGGAGGUCGCGACCCCUGGAGUUCAGAGUUCAGCAGCUCAAGUCCCUCCAGAGGAUGAUCACAGACAGACAGGGAGAGAUCGCCACCGCCCUCAAACAGGACAUCAACAGGAGCCAGUACGACACCCCACUGUUGGAGCUGAUUGGCCUGGAGAAUGAGAUCAGCCUGGCUGUGUCAAAGCUGACGCAGUGGGCUGCUCCUCGGCCAGUAGAGAAGAGCCUCCUCACCAUCUCAGACCAGGUAUACAUCCAGCCAGAGCCCCUGGGAGUGGUCCUCAUCAUCGGGGCCUGGAACUACCCCUGGGCCCUCACCCUGCAGCCCCUGGUCGGGGCCAUCGCUGCUG